AUGGACUCGCCCGUCGUCGCCCAGCUGUUUCGCCAACUGUUCUCGCACCGCGCGAGCCAAUGCCUGCGGGCGCCCGCUGUCUCGCUCGCACGCCCCCACCGCCGCGGCCUGGCGUACAGCAGAGAUGGCGCUGGCCCAGUCGCGGCCGGCCCUGGGAGCACAUGGCAGCAGCGGACCGACAUCCUCCCGCUUGAGCGGAGCGAGGAGUUCAACCGCUAUCCAAUGGUGACGGCCGACUCGUUGCGGUCUCGGAGGGAAAGGCCGCGGCGGGUGAAGAUGCUCAUGCGGGACUUUAUCGAAGACAGCUUGUACAAUCCUCACUACGGCUACUUCUCCAAGCAAGUCGUCAUCUUCCAUCCCGGCGAACCCUUCAUCUUCAGCAAUCUCAAAGACGAGCCUGAGUUCUAUCGCAUUCUCAGCGAGAGGUAUACGCAAUUCGAGGAUGAGUUGGACAAGAAGGAAUACAACGAAACCCGCCAACUGUGGCACACUCCGACCGAGCUGUUCCGCCCCUACUAUGGCGAAUCCAUUGCAAGGUAUCUCGUCACCAACUACAAGCUGUCGCAGUAUCCCUACCACGACCUGCUCAUAUACGAGAUGGGUGCCGGGAAUGGAACCCUGAUGAUCAACAUCCUCGACUACAUCCGCGACGUACACCCGGAAGUCUACGAGCGCACCAAGUUCCGCGUUAUCGAGAUUUCUUCGUCCCUGGCCUCCCUACAAGUCCACCACUUGAAGCGUUCGGCGUCUGCCCGCGGCCACUUGGACAAAGUUGAGGUCAUCAACCGCUCCAUCUUCGACUGGGACACCUACGUCUCGUCUCCCUGCUUCUUCCUUGCACUUGAGGUCUUCGACAACUUUGCCCAUGACUGCUUGCGGUACGAUCCCUUCACUGAAGUCGCCCUCCAGGGCAACGUCCUGAUCGACAACAAUGGCGAUUUCUUCGAGUUCUACACCCGCGAGAUCGAUCCUGUGGCCGCACGGUUUCUCCGCGUACGAGACGCGGCAGUGACCAAAUCCUACAAACAUCCUCUGCAACAACCAAAAUGGCUUCGGAGCGCCCGGUCGCGGCUACCAUUUGCGCCGAACCUGACGGUCCCGGAAUUCAUCCCUACGCGAUUGAUGCAGUUCUUCGACAUCCUCCAAAAAUAUUUCCCUGCACACAAGCUCGUCUCCAGCGACUUCCACAGCUUGCCCGACACCGUCAAGGGCAUCAACGCGCCCGUCGUGCAAACGCGGUACCAGCGGAAAAUGGUGCCUGUGAGCACGCCAUUGGUACAACAAGGCUACUUUGAUAUCCUUUUCCCCACGGACUUUGGCGUCAUGGAGGACGUCUACCGCGCCAUCACCGGCAAAUUGACGCACGUCAUGACGCACGAGGACUUCCUGAAGAGGUGGGCGUUUUUGGAGGACACGCAGGUUCGGAGCGGCGAGAAUCCGCUGUUGAGCUGGUACAAGAACGCCAGUGUUAUGACGACAGUAUAA